AUGGAGGCAGAGAGAAAGAUAGAAAAUGGGUCCUUAUGGUUGAGGUGGUGUUGGGUGCUCCUUGCCAUGCCUCCUGCCAUGACAGACCUCCUGGACAUAUGGGCGGCCCAUUCGCCCGUGGCCGGACACGCUCCGGACCAGGUCACUGUGGACUUUUUGCUGCCCACUGGUAUCUAUAUCCAGAUGGAUGUUCCUUACGAGGCCACAAUUCAGCACAUCAAACUGCUCUUAUGGAAGCAGGCUCAGACCUUCCCCCUGUUUCCCUCCCUUGGCGAAAUGGAGAGCCACAUGUUCGAGUGUGUCAACCAGGCAGCUGUCCACGAAGAAUUGGAGGAUGAAUCCCGUCGCUUGUGCGACGUUCGCCCCUUCUUGCCUGUCCUUAAGCUGGUGAUACGGAACUGCGGGAGGGCAGAGCGUUUGUUGGACUCCAAAAUUGGUGUACUCAUUGGCAAAGGUCUUCAUGAACUAGAUGCCAUAAACGACCAGGAAGUGAAAGACUUCCGCAGUAAGAUGUUUCGAAUCAGUGAAGAGAAAAUGCAGCGGGUCCAAAUGAUGACGUGCAUGGAGUGGCUGCAGGCAUGUUUCUCCCCGCAGCUGGAGCCAGCAGCAGGAUCAACAGAUGGAGUCGGCGACCGCCCAGCUGAUUUGAAAGUCAUUAUCCACUUUGACCAGUCCCAGGACUCAACCAGUUUGAAGGUGCCAUCGUCUCUCACCCCCUCUGAGCUGAUGGAGAUGGCUGUGAGGAAGUGGCUGACCACCCACGCGCCUGAAGAAGAGGAAUGGAGGGGUCAAUAUGUACUGAGAGUUAGUCAGUGCCUAGAGUUCCUAUGUGGAAACCACCCCUUGAUUCAGUACAAGUAUAUUCGCACAUGCCUUCAAGCCAAGGAACCUCCUCACCUCACUCUGGUCCACACAAGCACUGUAAAGGCCAUGUUUGACAAAGAAAUGUCUGCCAUCGGAGCUGUGGUUAGCCGCAAGUCCUCCAACCCUCCUCUACCGCUACCUCCCAAGAGAAGAGUUCCCACGCAAGUACAGACGUGUGUGUGGGAUGUGUCUAGUCUAUUUAAGAUAGUCCUGGUGAAAGGCAGCAAGGUGAACGCAGAGGAGACUGCCAAGGUCCAGGUGAGGGCAGGGCUUUUUCACGGCACAGAGCUGCUGUGCAAGCCGGCAGUGAGCAGUGAGAGCAGCGGACGCUCAGACCAUACCUGGAAAGACAGCAUGCUGGAGUUCGACAUCUCAGUCUGUGAUCUGCCACGCAUGACCCGCCUCUGCUUUGCCAUUUAUGCCGUCAUGGAUAAGGUCAAAAAGCAGAAGUCCACAAAAAAUGCUCACAUAAACAAGUACCAGACCAUCCGCAAGGCAGGGAAAGUGCACUACCCCAUAGCUUGGGUCAACACCAUGGUGUUUGACUACAAAGGGCAGCUGAAGACUGGAGACAUCAUCCUGCACUCCUGGUCUUCCUUUCCUGAUGAACUUGAAGAGAUGCUGAACCCAAUAGGAACUGUUCAGACCAAUCCGUACACUGAGAAUGCUACAGCACUGCACAUCCACUUCCCAGAAUACUCCUCACACUCCAUCAUCUUUCCUCCUUUUGACAAGAUACUGGAAAAGGCUGCAGAAAUUGCCAGUGCAAAUGACUGCAUACCUAUGGGCCGUGGAGGUAAGAAGUUCCACAUAGAGUUGAAGGAGAUCAUGGAGCGCGAUCCACUCUCACAGCUUUGUGAAAACGAGAAGGAUUUGAUCUGGACACUACGAAAUGACUGCCGGGAUAAUUUCCCUCAGUCUCUACCCAAGCUGCUACUCUCAGUCAAGUGGAGCAAACACGAGGACAUGGCCCAGGCACUACUUCAGAUUUGGCCCAAAUUGAGUCCCAGAGAUGCUCUUGAGCUUCUGGACUUCAACUACCCUGAUCAGUAUGUCAGAGAGUAUGCUGUUGGCUGCCUGCGUGAUAUGAGUGAUGAGGAACUGUCGCAGUACCUGCUACAGUUGGUGCAGGUGUUGCGUUAUGAGCCCUACUAUGACUGCGCCCUCACUCACUUCCUGUUGGAACGAGCUCAGGGGAACCGCAAGAUUGGACAUUUCCUCUUCUGGCAUUUGCGGUGUGUUAACUGUGGGUGCAAGUCUUUGUUCAUACCGCAUUUCUACUACCCUCUACAGGUGGAAGCCUUAAGUAAGCUGAAGUCAGUGAAUGAACUUAUUAAACUGGGAACUAUUAAGAAUGCCCGGAGUAAAACCAAGGAGGCAAUGCUGACCAAGGAGGCCAUGAUGACAUGUUUAAGACAAAGUGGCUACUCAGAAACUCUGUCAGACCUGCACUCCCCCCUAAACCCUAAUGUCCUGCUGUCUGGCAUCAAUGUGGAAAGGUGCCGAUACAUGGACUCUAAGAUGAAACCACUCUGGAUUGUUUACAAUAAUAAGCUGUUGGGUGGAGAUACUCUUGGAAUCAUCUUCAAAAAUGGAGACGACCUUAGGCAGGACAUGUUAACUCUGCAGAUUUUGAGGUUAAUGGAUCUUCUGUGGAAGGAGGCCAGUCUGGACCUCAGAAUUGUACCAUAUGGUUGCCUAGCAACAGGAGACCGGGCCGGGUUAAUAGAGGUAGUUUCAUCAGCAGACACAAUCGCUAACAUUCAGUUGACCAGCAGCAAUGUUGCAGCAGCUGCAGCAUUCAACAAAGAUGCUUUGCUCAACUGGCUCAAAGAGAGAAACUCUGGUGACGCUCUUGACCGAGCCAUUGAGGAGUUCACUUUGUCAUGUGCAGGCUACUGUGUAGCUACUUAUGUCUUGGGCAUCGGAGACCGUCAUAGUGAUAACAUCAUGGUUCGCAGCACUGGACAGCUCUUUCACAUAGACUUCGGUCACAUCCUGGGCAACUUCAAGUCCAAGUUUGGUAUCAAAAGGGAGCGUGUCCCAUUCAUCCUCACACAUGAUUUUAUUCAUGUCAUUCAGCAAGGGAAGACUGGAUACACAGAAAAAUUUGGCAGUUUUCGUCAAUACUGUGAAGAGGCUUAUCUGAUCUUGAGGAAAAAUGGCAACCUCUUCAUCACGCUGUUUGCCCUCAUGCUAACUGCUGGACUGCCUGAGCUCACUUCAGUCAAAGACAUCCAAUACUUAAAGGACUCUCUGGCUCUGGGUAAAACAGACGAAGAUGCCCUGAAGCAGUUCCGUCAGAAGUUUGACGAAGCCCUGAGAGAGAGCUGGACAACCAAGGUGAACUGGAUGGCUCACAAUGUAGCCAAAGACAACCGCUCCUAGAGCUGCUGCAACCCAUAAAAAAGGCUGAAAGGCCAAGAGACGCUGUGGGUGGGGUGGGAGCAUGUGGGGAAGGCCCGAGAAGUGCAAAGGAAGUUUGAUUGGCAAAUGCCCUGAUUUAAAGAAGGGAAUCUUGCCAAGAUGUGGAACCUGAGCAGAUUUGCCCACCCGCUGUGUGCUGUACAUACAGAAGAAACCCUACUCUGAAGUAGUUCAAUUACCCUGCACCCUUAUUUCCUGUAUUCCAUUUGGCGUCGUCACCCCAGCAUUGUGCCCACAAACUACCAAAUUCAGGGUUGCCUGACAUUUCUGUGGAAUCAUGGUAGGUGAUGUCAUUGCAAGUUUUGCACCGGCACAACAGUUUGUUGAAGAAAACAUCCAAUGGAAUGGAACUGAGACACCCACUUUCCCACGGCAAGUCUUCAGAGAUGAACUGUCCAAACGGAGCGGGCUGAAACAAUAGUAAUCAAAGGUUAAGUUUGGGAGUGGCUUAAUUUUUUAAUGGGCUUGAAAUUCCGCGUGAAUGAAAGAGACACAUUUUCUUACUCUAACCUUGGAGUGUUUCAAGCGAGAUAAAGAUAACGGAUAGGUGUGGAGGGGGCUGAGAAGAAGAGACACAAACACGCAACCCUCCUGUCUUAAAACUAAACACUGCAUGACCACAGGAAGUGCACCUUGAUACUCUUUCCUGCUGUCUUAAAGUGUGCCUCAAAAGUGCAGGAAGAUUGUAUUGUUCAUGUGGUUCUUUUUGCAGUUUAAGAAUUAGUCAAAACAAAAACUGCGAGGGGAAACAACCCAAAAAGAGAGGGAUUGAUUGGAGACGAGAUUUUCUGAGCCCUAUGGUCCACUUGAACACUGGAAUGCUUUCCGAGAGACAUUAGUUGUUCAAAGCAUCUUUUCAUGAACUUAACCUUUUUUUAAUGUUUCUUUUAAUAUCAUAGACUGAAAAGCAUUACUAUCACUACCUUGUUUGUCAUCUUUUAAAGGGCCAUUCACAUCCUCCAUCUUAAUGUCACUGCAGCUGACGCUCUUAACCUGUUCAGACCAAAACAAAAAGCAAACUUUGAGAAGUUAUGUUGUUUUAAAUUGUGUUUUUAUUGAUCUGUUUCCAAAAUGAAUGUGCAAAAAUGUGCCGCUCUUUUACUUUUAUUUGUUUUUUAUACAGGCAGAUGCAAGAGGAAUCUGUGGCCUAAGUAGGUUGGACUAAUCAGUAAGGAUAUUAUUCUUCAAUGCGAAGCUACAUAUGAUCCUCCACUAGCAUCUGCAUUUGAUUUUUUUUUGUGCAAUAUCCGAGUAUAUGACCCAUAUCUUAUCAUAUAAAACCAUGGGCCUAGGCCUUAGCCUAUAAUCAUUUUAUCUGCUGGUUUAUGUAUGAUGCAGCUGUAUUUCGCACCACUCGCCUUUUGAAGUCUCAGACACUGGAUGUUGUCAAACGUACAGGCUUUUAAUGUUUUGCUGUUUUUUGUUUUCAUAGGAGUUUUAUUAAAGUUAUUUUUCACUGCGCU